CCAUUCAUUUUAUCAACAUAAUCACUCCUGAGAGGUCUUGACUUAAAGUCCGCACCGCUCUGGGUAGUGUAUAUCGGUGAGAUCUGGGUUGCAUCUUCUGAAGAAAGACGCAUUUUUGUUACUUGUCUAAACCUUAAGGGGAGUUUUUAGCUUUUGGUCAGCGAGUGGUUCCUGGAAAACGUCUGAAUCGUUUUAUAACCAAACACAGCUGCCGUGCCAGUGUAUGUGUGUGUGCGUGACAGUGUGUAUGUGUGUGUUCAUCCGUAUGUGGAAGAGGGAGAGAGAGUGAGGGUAUCUGUUUGCUUCCCUUUCCAAAACGGAAAGAAAGAAAAAAGUUUGGAAGUCUUUUUCUCCCAGUAACUUUUUUUAGGCAUGAACGCCGAGACGUGCGUCUCAUACUGCGAUAUGACAUCCAUGGAUUCAUAUUAUAGCUCCUCUGCACCGCAAGGUAGGGAUCAUCCGACGAACCCGUUUAGGACAUUCCAAGUAAGUGACACCAAAUACAGCCCCACUUUCCUGCCAAACAAAGGUCAGGCUUACGGAGAAAAGUCUCGGAGCCCAUUCCAACAGGAGUGUCAGUCAUUGGAUGCCACCACUGGGGAAGGCACCUUUAACAAAUACCACCUCUUCAUGCAGAGGUCUUCUUGCAAACCCCCCCCCGAAGGAGGCAAACUGCACCAAGAAAGCGGACACAACGGAGCGCUCAUUCCCUGCUAUGGUAAAGACAGCUCAGGACUGACAGACUCUGACCUGACCCCGAACUCUGACCCCUCUGGGAUGGACGGCAGCUACCUGAGUGUGAAGGAUCAAGGCGUGAAGGGCCCCUCGGACCGACCGGGCUCGGACAUGGCCAGCCCCAUGGACAAGGGCGAGGGUGAGAGCAACAAGGGCAAGAAGAGGCGUAACCGCACCACCUUCACCAGCUACCAACUGGAGGAGCUGGAGAAGGUCUUCCAGAAGACCCACUACCCAGAUGUGUACGCCCGCGAGCAGCUGGCCCUCCGGACUGACCUGACUGAGGCCCGGGUACAGGUGUGGUUCCAGAAUCGCCGAGCCAAAUGGAGGAAGAGAGAGCGCUUUGGUCAGAUGCAGCAGGUCAGGACACACUUCUCCACGGCGUACGAGCUGCCUCUUCUAGCCAGACCUGAGAACUAUGCACAGAUACAGAACCCAUCAUGGAUUGGUGGUAGCAGCGGAGCAUCUCCUGUCCCAGGCUGUGUAGUGCCCUGUGACUCAGUCACGUCCUGUAUGACCCCUCACCCUCACUCCGGCAGCGGUGUAUCUGACUUCCUGGGCGUCCCGAACCCUGGGGGUCACAUGGGACAGACACACAUGGGCAGCCUGUUUGGGGGUCCUGGCAUGGGGUCAGGGAUCAACGGGUACGAUCUGAACAGCAUGGACCCGGACCGCAAGUCCUCCAGCAUCGCCGCCUUGCGUAUGAAGGCCAAGGAGCACAGUGCAGCCAUCUCCUGGGCAACAUGAUGCCUCAACAGCAGCAGGACAGGGGCCUCUGGGAACCCCAUCACGUCCAAACCAAGCCAAAGCAGAGAGGGGGGCCAGUCUGUGCUACUAUAACAGAAAUAUUGAUAAUCUAAAAUAAUAAUGAUGAUAAAAGCCAUAAAAGCCAUUGCAAAUUGCUGAAGAGGAGAGAAAAGAGACUAACAAAUCUGGACAGUGAACUUCUUUACUUUGUGUCUCUGAUGGGAGAGACCAGUGGACAUCAGAGAUGAACAACAGUCAGUCAGUCAGGUAGUCAAAGCUUGAGGUGAGAAGCAGGAAGUCAAGAAUCAGACCUAUCCUUGAAGAGACUAAUGAAUUGGUUGCUUGUUGGAAACAAUGUGCUGGUUAUACAGUAGCUAUAAAUUAUAACACAACAAAAAUAACAAAAAAAAGCUGAAUAGAUUUGAACCAAUCCCUGCACUUAUUCAGUUAAUACAGGUAAUGCUGUUUGUACAGAUAUUGAGAUGCGUCCGCUAACACACCUGCUAUUGAGUGUCACUAUAGCUUUUUCUGUUCAGGUGUUAUUAUACUUUCUUGUUUUCCGGUAUUUAAAUUUGAAGUGUGUAUUUUUUUAUUCAUUUUGAUCCUGGUUUUGUCACAGAAUCCCUUGUCCCUUUCUGUCAGACUGUGUGCGAAUGCAACUAUUCUCUCCACAUAAACUGCAAACUGAUAUUCACAUAUUUACAUACAUUUGGCCUGAUUUAGGUCUGUGUGUACAUUUGGGUUUCCUUAGGUCAUUUUGGUCAGCUUUACUUCAAGGAGAGGGCUGUAGGUAACAGUCAAGCCCAAAGCCGAUCCAUCUCCGUCAGACUAACUGAAAGAAUGCUGAUAAAAUCUGUCAUAUUCUUCAGUCUGGGAAAGAGGUAAACCAUUUCAAAGGUAGCUUACUGUUUCUGGUUUGCAUGGUCAGCACUAGCAUACUUUAGGUUGGUGCUACCUUCCAACAUUUAAAUGUCAGAUAUUAAUCCAGGUUUGUUUAAGUGCGGGCAGACGGAGAUCCCUACUUGCCCCACUGAUGGGCCGUCACUGAGCCAGAGAGGGACGGGGACGAGGAAGCGGUGUGUGUGAGUAUGAGAGAGAGGCACAGCAGGCCUGCUGGGGCCUACAGGUCUGAGAGCACCAGACAGGCUCAGCUCUGUUUGCAGGAGGAGAUUCAAAGUGGACAUGCCAUUUCCUCACCUCGCAUUUCCACCUAGGGAGUUACAGGAAAAGUGCCCUCCAGUCCCAUUGCCAGAAAUAACACCCAGCGGCAGCCUUGAACAGCAGAGCGGCAGUGUAGAUUAUACAGUUUUUGUAGAUUAUACAGUUUUGUAGAUUAUACAGUUUUUGAGGGGGAUAAUAAAAUGCUGACUAACGCCAUCAAUGUUGACCACUGUCAGUUUUCAUGCAAAGCCUCACCACCCCUUAUAGCCCCCCCCCAGGCAACAACCGGAUCCCCCGUCCCUGCACCUCAGUGUGGACAUGGAACAAUGCGGGGGGCAAACUGGCAUCCGUGCUUUCGAUGGCUCCAUGUCACGAUUUGCAGAGGUGACAGAAAUAGUAGACGUGUUCCAUCAUCUUAUGCAUUAUGGGCUUUCUGUUUUCCCAAGGUCCCAUUUGGAUCAAGUCAAAACAAAAGGUCUCAUAGAUUUGAAGCCAAAUAUGAUACCCCAUGGACCUUAAGCAGAGAAUCCAUCUCUAAUUCCGUAACACAAGCCUCAUUAUUUCCCCUUUCACUAGGUAGCUCUGCUAGGAUAUAGUGGUAUGUAUGAUCCAGGAUGAACUGUCAGCAUCUACAAACAUUGGAUCAGAAACCCUUUCCAAAUGACGACUCAGAUUGGAUCCAGUUUUACAUGGCAGUUCAAGCCUAAUGCAUGAACAUACUGCUGACAACAUGGCUUGUCUCUCAGUGUUUGGAGGUGCUCCUCUGCGAUUUGGAGAUGGGGCCCCUGUGCUCUCAUAGGCCGCUCUAAGGGGUUGCUGGGAGGGCGAACGGGCCGCGGCGUUCCGGUGUUCUGGGAAAAGGACAGUGCACACAGCUGCGCUCAGGGGAUAAAUGCAAAACAAACAUGCCUCGCACAUGCUUCCCCUCAGCUGUCAUGGCUCCGUUUUCAAAGAAGCCCCACACUGCACUAGGGCUCUCCCUCUCGCUCCUCUGGCCGAAUGCCUGCCCCUCCGGCACUACGGCCAUACACAGCCGCACAGCCAGUCUGCAGCCUUUUUAAUUAACACUGGGACAUCUGUGGACAGGGAUUCUUUCUGGGAUUGUGUGACAGAACAGACAGAGCCGCCUGUGGCUCUGUGCUUCAGGUUUGCCUAUAGCUGUCUCUGACUAGGGCUUGGGGGAUUUACAGUGCUGGGUUGGGUGCUUCUCAGAGCUCAAACACACAUGAAGCUCAGGUCGACACAGUUGAUUUGUUUACCGUUUUCGUCAUGUUUUUGAAAACAUUUUAAUUUCUUUAUUUAUAGACAUGUUCUGUUAUCUGCAGUUCUCUAUUGAUUGAAAAGGACAAAACCGAAAGCUCAGCGUUAAAGACUGCAGAAAUGUACAAGCCCAUAUGAAGCCUUCUUGGAUGAAUCACAGGUUAAUAUGUAAAUGUUCUCUUUCUCAUCUAUCCUAAUCGAGGCACAGCUUGCCUUAGGGCCUUAACUGAUCAAAUAUGCAGAAUUUAAGUAGUUGCGAAACAGCUUGUAUAUCAGCUCAUCCUGUUGUAGCCUGCAGGGGUCCCAGUCUGUCCCUCGGUGAUGAUGUCACCUUUCACACCACCCCUAUCAUUUCUAAUACUACUGAAGCAGGGCAAUAAAAAUAAGUAAAUACUUAUUAUAAUAUAAAACUGUGUGUUGUGUGUGCAUGUAAAAACAUUUUUUUUAAUGUAAAUUGGACUGAUUUACAGUAAUUUACAAAGACCCUUGAAAUGUUACUAAUUUGAUGUAAAGUUCUGCAUUAUUUUUGUGAGAUACUUGUGGGUUGGUUUUUGAGUGAUCCUUUUGAAGGGGGUGGGUGUUCUUGGUUUGUUGAGUUUCCAAAUAUUUUGAAAGGUUUUUGUGGCUUUAAGCUAUAUUGUAUGGCUUUUUAAUUAAUGAUGGUAUACUUUUA